AUGUCUAUCGCCCAGUUAUCAUGGCGAAUGUUGUCACCGGGUUUUUGGGGUGAACGCAGAAGCUUUGCUAGAGAUGGCGAGGAGUGGGACUACAUCGUGGUGGGCGCGGGCGCGGCGGGCAGCGCGGCGGCCGCUCGCCUUGCGCUGGGCGGGAGUCGCGUGCUGCUGCUGGAGGCGGGCGGGGACGCCGGGCUCGUCAGCAAGAUGCCAGGAGCAACGUUUGCUCUAAGCGGCUCCGCCGUGGACUGGCACUACGCCACCCUGUCCAACAACAAGUCCUGCCUCUCCAACGUGGACAACAUGUGCCCCUUCAUCCGCGGCCGCUGCGUGGGCGGCUCCAGCGCCGUCAACUUCAUGAUGUACAGCCGCGGCAACCGCCGGGACUACGACUACAACCUCACGGGCUGGACCUGGGAACACCUCGAGCCCUACUUCCUGCGCUACGAGGGCCUCUACGAUUUGCAUCGCCUUCCCAAAUCCUCGGCUCGGUAUCACAACACGUCGGGUAUUAUACCGAUUGGCUUUUUCGGUGAUUCCGGUAAUCCUUGGCACGAGCGAAUCAUUGAAGCACUGGAAUCCCUCGACAUUCCUUACAAUCCCGACGUGAACGCGAAGUCUCAAAUCGGGGUCUCACAGAUACUCGGCUACGUUGCAGGCGGAGAGCGAGUGAAUAUAGCUAAAGCUUAUCUUGAACAAGAAGGAGUGAAGAAAACAUUGAAGUUAGUUAAAAACGCGAGGUGCACCGGCGUCAUUAUCGGCGAAGACAACGUCGCGAGAGGAGUGUCAGUUUUCAUCGAGCCCAAUACUACUUUGCAUUUGUAUGCGAAACACGAAGUAGUGCUGAGUGCGGGUGCGGUCGCCACGCCGCAGCUAUUGAUGCUGUCGGGCGUGGGCCCCGCGGAGCACUUGAGAGAGUUCGGGAUUCCCGUCAGAGCAGAUUUACCCGUCGGAGAAGGAAUGUCGGAUCACGUUUUACCAGUCGUAUACGUCCAAGUCGACGACGAGUACAAGUCCGAUUCACUGCUGUCCACCAUAGGCUCCAAGAGCUUCCGAGCCGCGCAGUGGCUGGCCACGCGGAGCGGGCCCAUGGCGUCAGUCGGUCUCACCGACGUCACCGCCUUCAUCAACACGGAGUGCUACAACUUCACGCAGCGGCGUCUGCUCCGCGACCGGCCCGAGUGCGACUUGCCGAACUUGCAACUGAUCCACGCGUUCGCCGACAAGGGCCUGGUGGGGCUGAUGCGAUCCGUAAUGCAGACGACGCUGUCGCAGCGGGACGAGGCGUUCGAGGAGAUCUUCUCUCACAACGAGGAGAGGAGUUUCAUAGUGCUGUCGCCCGUGCUGCUGCAGCCCGCGUCGCGCGGCCGCGUGCGCCUGGCGGGCGCCGACCCGCGCGCGCCGCCCGCCGUCGCGCCCAACUACCUGGACGACGACCGCGACCUGCGCGACAUGGUGCGCGCGCUGCGCUUCCUGGAGCACGUGGUGCGCGCGCCGGCGUACCGGCGGCACAACGCCAGCCUCGUGCGCCUGCGCGCGUGCGGGCGCGGCGCGGGCUACUGGGCGUGCUACGCGCGCCGCAUGUCGCAGUCGGGCCACCACGCCGCGGGCACGGCGGCGCUGGGCCGCGUGCUGGACGCGCGUCUGCGCGUGCGCGGCGUGCGGCGCCUGCGCGUGGCGGACGCGUCGGUGCUGCCGCGCCUGCCGCGCGGGAACACGGCCGCCGCGGUCAUCGCCAUCGGGGAGCGAGUGGCCGACUUUAUAACAGAAGAUCGUAGAUUACAGGAAUCGCUGCAGUAG